AUGGAGACUUUGACUACCAGCAGUGGAUUAACUUCUGUUUUUACUGGAAACAACGUUACCCACGAGCAGUCCGGCUUGUGGAGACCGUGGACUGGGAAAGAGGAGAGAAAAACUGACGCACACAAGACUCCUUCCAUGCAUGGAAGCCUUUCUGAUGCAAACUACCCCAAAAUUCCUCAGGUCGUUCACCCAGUCAAGUUGUACUGGCCGAAAUCGAGAUGUUUCGAUUACCUGUACCAGGACGCAGAGAUGCUCCUGCGCAACUAUCCGGUCCAAGCGACCAUCUGCCCCUAUGAGGACUGCAGCAGCGAUGAAGACAGCGAUGAUGAGGAAGAGGAGGUGGAGAAGGAGCUGAAUUAA